AAGACGGGAAGUUGAAGUUUGGUGAUUAAAUUGAUAGGAAAAUAUCAAUAAAAAUAAGAUGAAAGAUGAAAAACUCGUACAGUGUUUUUAUUUCUAGCUUUCAGUUUGCACUUAAGAUGUGAAAAAAGAUAAAAAUAUCAACUUACUUGUCAAUAUGGAUAAUACGACCGACUCGUGGGACGACCCAGUGGCUCAAAGAUGGAACACAUCCUCGCUAGAAAUAGGAAAUAUUACAAUGGAUCGAAAUUUCGCCCUCCUCCUGGUGUCCUUAAUAUCGGCCAUGCUUUGGGUUGUUUAUAUAACUUAUUACAAUAGCAGAGUCCUGGGCUUUAUAUUAACGAGGCUGAUCAACAAGUUCUAUUUCCAAGAUGAGAAUUUUAAGAUAGGAUCAUUUACCUUAAAUGCCUUGUCAGGCAAGAUCAUGUUUCGAGACAUUGUGUAUAUCAACUAUGACUAUACACUACGCAUUCAAGAUGGAUACUUGAUAUUUAGGUGGUGGAGGUCAUAUGUACCUAAGGAUGUUUCUGAAGACCUAUCACACUCCGAUACCCGAUUAUCGAUCGUCUUAAAUGGUUUCGAGCUGCACUUCUAUAAUCGAUGCGAAAUGUAUAGCGAACUCGAAAAAAUAUUUGGCCUCGAUCCCGGCGUCAAGCAGCAGAACGAUGAUGAUUCGAUCGACAGAGAUAAGGCUAUGAAUGAUGCUAAUGAGAAAAGGAGACGAGCACAAGACACAGUCAGAUCCGAGGCGGCCAUGGCCAGAACGUGGCGUGACCUCAUACCUGUCAUUAAAAUAGACAUAUGUUCCGGUAGGAUAGUCUUCGGCAAUCGUCUGGUUCCGACGACCCUCUCGAUAAGUAUCGAAGAAGCUCAUCUAGUCUACAGCACUAAACCUCCUGCUUCAAGCUUAGAUCACUUGAUGCAUUUUGUGAAAGCAAAGGCAGAAAAUUGUAAAGUGAUUCUUGCGCCCAGUCCAAAUUAUACUUCAAUGGUCGACGAACCUCCUAGGUACAUGGGUGAAGGUUUCGUCGUCAUGAGUUCGAAUUAUAUUGAAGUGUAUUUCUACAUGGACGAACCGGGUCUUGUACCAGAACAGCCUGUGCUGUUACAGUUGGCCAAUGGAGAUAUAGUGGAAUCUGCUCCACCUAUUUGGGGUGUCGACAUUAAAUGUGGUAAGGGAACAGAUUUCAGUUAUGGCCCGUGGGCGGAUAGGCAGAGGGAUCAUUUAUUCAGAUUUUUCUUUCCCCCGAAUUAUAAAAAUUUAGAAGUCACUCCACAACCUAAACCGGGUGACAGACGACAGACCCAAUCAUUCGAUAUUAGACUCUCGACAUUGAACGAAGCUACCAUAGACAUUCUGUUCACGAAAAAUAAAGAAACAAACGCGGUACACAUUAAUAUUGGUGCAGGAUCAUAUCUAGAGGUUACCCUACCCUGGAUAGUUUUACAAGAUGGUUACACAACUAAGAUCACUGGUCAGCUACUUCACUUGGAAGCUACUACCAGUCUUCAAUACAGAAGUUUAGCUGAAAGCGAAACAUUAGAGUACACUGUGAAGUGUCAUUUUCCUUUAGUUUGGAAUCAUCAUCAGUGCUGGCAGUUGUCAUUGACUGGGUGCAAGGCGACCACUCAUCUAGUUUACACACACAUAGAUUUUUUCCAAGACCUAAUUAACGACUGGGCGUCGAAAGCACGACCAGAUAUUUUACACUUUGUCCCUUACACGUGGAAGAUAUCGCUUUUACUCAAAGAAUGUGAGGUGAUUACGGUUAGUAAUCAGUACAAUUGGAUAGAUUGCAGCUCUACUAAUCAAGAAAACAACCACGUUGCGUUUUGUGGUGAUUUACUCGAUGUGUCGUUUGAUUUGCCAUUCACUGAUUUCUUGCCUGACGUCAUCCCGCUUAAGAUUUGGGUCCAGGGUGAAGCUGUCGAUAUGAGUUUGUACCUUCCUGAAGUAAACACUUCGCGAUUACUUCUCCUAUCCCUUGACAAAAACAUGAAACUGGUUCCCUGUAGAUUAAAAGCAUCCAAGUGGAGAAAAAAAUGUGUUAAAUCCCAAGGUUGGGUCGAUUGCUGGUCGGUCCCGAUAGUAGCGUUGAGUGUCCAAUACAAUUAUCAUCCGAUUCCUCCGCUCGGACCAGAACCCCAAGCAGACAUUACGACACCAGAAAAAGAAGAAAUAUUAUUAUCACCGAUGAGAAUACCGCGAAUGAGAAAACAGCCUCAGAUCAAUUGGCCUAUAGAUGGAAGCAAGUUUGAUCGCACUUCCCUCGCACCAGAUAAAGUAAGCGUGGAACUAGAGGUGGGUCCGUCAAUACUAUUGGCAUACGGAACUAUUAUUACGAGUUUCAUGAAUUUGCUUGAAAAUAUAUUUGGAGAAGACCAGACCUUCACUGACAUGCAAAAGACACCGAACAUAGAUCCGUUUUAUUGGACGAGUGAAAAUAGUACGAAACUAAAUGACAGAAGCAGCGUGAAUCAGCAUACAGAAAUAUCGAUCGAUGACUCAUCCGACGUCAGCAAAGGUCCCUUUGAUCCUCGCAGAUAUCGGCCUUUAGACGUGACGGUGUCCAUAAUUAUACAUGACAUACAAGCGCAUCUGGUAAAGAAUUGUAGCGAGAACGAGCCACCUUGUCCAGUCGUGCUUAUUGAAAGAUUCGGAUUCGAAAUGGACAAAUGCUUCAAAGAGACCAAAUUACAACUCCUAUUGAGUCCCUCGAUAUUGGUGUCUGCAAACAAUCUCUCGAGAAAUAAUCCAGUGAAUUCUGGUGCUUUGUAUCAAGGUCAUUUGAUGCUAUCGUCGUUUCAGUUAAGGGGGAACGGGUUCUUCAGUGACACCAAUCGUAAUGUCGAAGAAGACACAGUUGAGUACGCAUGGAUGAUGGAACUUCAAUUAGGACAGUUGACUGGUCGGAUGACGUUGCCCCAGUUAUACCAAGUAAUCUCAUCUCUGGAGACGUUUUUGCUGUUGAUUUGCGACAGUCAAAACGAAUUGAUCCCGCCGAAUUCUGCAAAACAUUGUCACCAUGGUUUGAAUAACGUCAUGUGUCCUGAGACAGACUUCACAUUAAAAUACCGUUGUCCCACCGCUAAUGAGAUAAAGUAUCGUAUGAUUCGCGUCGCCAUCGACCUCAUCGACAUUUACAUUGCCGAUUCUAAUACGACGUUACAAACUUGGUUGUCGCCUCUUAGGCUUAGCUUUUGCAAUCUUCACGGGGCCGGUUUCGCAACGGGUGUCACAGGAUUACUGCCCAACAUUAAAUUAGUUCUCUAUACACAAACUAAUAUGCAAACAAACGUUCACCAUCAUUCGAGCGGCAGCACCAAUAGCCAGAACAGACCAAGCGAAAAUGAAAAUUGGGUCGGCGUGGGUUCUGUUUCCCUGGGCCCUCUACUCAUCGAAGCUGCAUCAUCACUGCCACAAACCCCAAAGAAUAUGCAUUUAGUUCAACAGAAAUUUUUGAGGCUUCACGAUGACAAGACCAAAAGAUUGUGGUUCUUGUGGCCUAAUGAUAGUAGAACGUCACAGUGUGGCUGUACAGGGGGGUGUGCAUUCUUCGGAACAAAUCGAAACGGACCAAACUUCCUCAAACCGACUCCUUCUGAUUUAAAUGAAGGCAUCAACGUGGCAAUGUUCAAUGUAAUAGAAACAGCUCCAGGAGAAUAUGGUUAUGGGCAGAGCUUGUUACAUAGUGGACAACUAGUUUUUCAUACCCCUCCGUAUAAUACGAUGAAUGUAUGUUUGCAACCUACCAACGUGUCUACGUUGAUACCGUCCCCGCUGCCCCAAAACUUGAGCAAAUCUCCGCAGAGUACUGAACGCAGAAGUCUGACGCGUAGAUUUUCGUACACGAGCAUGGGUAAGGGCAGCAAUAAUAUAUUAGUUUCGAGCACCAAAAGUGAUGUGCCUUACGCUCGGUUAGUCGAUUCCACGAUACCUCUCGGUAGCACCAAGAUUGACAGCGAUUCGAAAUUGAACAAGAGCGUUUUAAGCGUACCCCAAAUGGAGAGUAGUGUUUCCGAUUCCAAACUAGCGAUGACUUGUGUGGCUAAGGAUAACGCCAAUACAACAUCGAAGAAACAAGCUACAACUGAACAUGAAACGUUUGUAGUACCUAAAGUUCCGUCUCGGUCGGUAGCCGUGUCCGAGUCACAUUAUUCACUUAAUUCUCAAGUGCCGCAAGAAGACGCCCUAAAUCCAGAAGUCCAGAGAGCUAUGUCAAUUACUAGCGAAAAUCAUUCCGAAGCAUUCUUCUCCGCUGAUGAGGACAUGUUCCCCAGUCGAUCUUCAAGCUUGAAACAUUCCUUUGGUAGUCGCCAUAGUAACCCUAGAGAUAAGAGUUCGUUUGCAAUUAAUGACAUAACAACGAACGAGAAAUGGACUAAUUCUUUGACCAAGUCGGAGCACGCGGAUGUUCCAGAUACAAUCAGCAAUUUGAGUGCAGGAGUUCAACCGGAUUCAGAGAGUGGUUCGGUGUCGUCUACAUCUUUCAUAUCUGCGAUAUCAUCUCAAGAAGAUAUGACUCUUGUUAAUCUACAUAUGCAAACUAAUAAACCUAUUGUGGAGUCCCCCCUACUCAUGGCCAGCUAUAUGCAAAAUCUCCCACAAUACAGAUGUUCUAACUGGACCACAUGCUCUUUACCGAGUGGCAGUGAUGCGUUCACUUUACCACUUUUCAAAAGAGCAGACGACGGUAGCUUGGUAUACGUUGGUCAAAAAUAUUUACCAAAAUUUGAAAUACUUGGAAAAGUGAAUAUACUUAAACUGAUUGCCAAGAAAGACGUUCACAGCAAUCAAAACCAACACGGUCCUUAUUCGAAUUUGGCGCCACAUUUCAAUUCUCAGAUCAAAGCACAUCCAUACCCUCAGGGUUGGUGGGAUAUUCAGCAAAAUGUACAGGAUAACCAAGAAAAUAGUACCGAUAAAAGCACAACUUCUACAGCGACCACCACGAGCGACAGUAAAAGCGGACUGUUCAUCAAACUGCGCGGAGAGGUCGAUAUGAUGUUGACGCCACUCGUUUUAGAAAGCACUCAAAAGUUCGUAGAGUCACUCACACCGGUCUUAGCAAAUAUUCACCCGAUAACAGUGAUCAGUCAUCUACGCCUAUUAUGCAUAUCGACUGUUGAAAGUUCAAAUAUAUUGAAACAGAAACAGUAUGUCCAGAACUGGCUUCCUCAGAUGGAAGGCCGAAACCAAACCAAGGUUAUACAGAGUAAAGACGACAAGUGUAAACUGGCCACCAUACCGCACUGCAACGUUUACGAAGAGACCAUUUGUGAGCAGCUGCAAGCCACGGUCUCAGUGCCCAAAGUUAAUAUUGUCUUUAUACAAUCCUCAGUUGUUGAAGACAUGAUUUCAUUUGCGGCCCUAGACAAUAUCCAAGACCUGACUUGCGUGUCUCUGUUUGGUAUGGCCAUAGAGAAUGUUGUUGCCAAAUUUGUAAGUUCUAAAAAAACAUUAGAAUCAGUGCAGUUGUACUACAGACCGACGUUAAGAGCACUGGGAAGUAAGAAAUCGUUUGGUAUCAUGAAAGGGCCAAGGGCAUUGAUCUCAGCUCAGUCUUCUGGUCGAAAACGGGGCCAGGAGAAGGGUGAGCCGGUGUAUAUAGAAACUUCUCAGCAACAGUGUGAAGACGUGACCUUCACUUUGAACGUCGGUAAAGUUCACGGUCAACUACGGCGGAUUCGGAAUGAAUCGUCUCAGCUAAAGGACGCCACAAUAACGGGCAUACCGUCUCAACAUUCCAAGGUCUCGUUCAAUUUUAUCAGAGUCGAUUCAAGUACUAAGGGCUGUGAAACAUUGGGCUGUCAGAACGGAUCAGCGGAUAAUCAAAAAGAUACUUCAAUCGGCUUUAUCAUGUUUGAAUGUGGCCUGGAAGGCGUAUCUAUCAAAGUAUCUAAACAUUCUCAGUCAAACAAACAAAACGAGGAAAAAAAACCGAUCAAAGCCGAUACGGAGAGCUGCAGGGAAUCCGUUAAAUCUGCAGAAGAAUUAAAACCCGAUAAAGAAAAGACGACUAAAAGAUCUACCGGCAUCGAAGACUUGUUCAGGAAGAGAGAUUCUAAUUCUAAGCCAAGUACUCCAAACUUGGGGACAUCUCAGCCGCCUCCCGUUCCCCCCGUGCCUCCCGAACCCUCGACCCCAGGGCCAGACGAACCCUCGAACGACAGCAACAUGACGAUGGUCCCAGUCAAAGAUAACGGGAACAUGUCAUCCUGCGCAAUAGACCUUAAAGUGGUUUGGUUCAACUUCGCGGCUCCGCCACGGACGCCGAUCACCAAGAAAAUUGACUUUACAAGAUUGGAUUGGAACUUGCUGAGCACGGCGUCGCCGGCGAUCAACGCGUGGAUGAACCCGUGCAACCGGCUCGGCAUCCGCGUGGUGGCGCUGUACCGGGCGCACGCCGGCCGCCUCACCGCCACCGCCGCCAGCCUCAUGGCCGCCGCGCUCGACCUGGCGCCGCACCACACGCUGCCCAAGAGCCGCUACGGUCGGCACACGGCCAUGGCGAAGCAGCUGCGGGAGGAGCCGUCGCUGCAGCUGUGCGGCGUGCUGCUGCGGUACGCGCUGCUGGCGGACGCGGCGGCCGUGCAGGCGGACCUGGCCGACCGCCACCUGCCCUCCUUGUCCACGCUGCGCCAGGGGGUGAUAGUGCUGAGCCGGCAGUGGAAGAACAUCCUGUACACGCCGCUACUGCUGGAGCACAACUACAAGAGCAAGGUCAUGAAGCCGCUCAACGUCACGUUCGCGCUGCCGGACCUGCUGGAGGAUUCCGUUGAAGGAUGGCAGGAGUACCAGCUCGACGAGGCACUGGACGAGAACUGCCUGCUCCUCAACAUGGAUGUAGACAAAGCGAACGCUCCCGCGGUUGCGCCGCAGAUGAGUACGCGCCCGCACUCGUUCCCCUCCACGCCGCCGUCCGUUCGAGCCGCCCAAAGCAGUCGGGCGAGUCUAGUGUUCCCAUCGUUGCCAUUCUCGACAAGGAAAACGCCUUUCCAGGAUGAUGCCAUAGCUGAUUACGGGACCCUGAAAGAAGACUUGCCGACUGUCGGCUCUAAUCCGUCUCUGUACUCUCCGCACGGGAGCGAGGAGAACAUCAAGAACGAUCGCGCCAGGGAGGACCUCUACCAGUGGAUGGCCAAACAGGAACCUAUCAAGUCUCAGGAGAAGAGCAAGAAGCCGAUGAUAUCAGCGUCGAAGAUGAACCCUCGCACGGUGACGUCACUGCCGGCCUGCAGCCUGUAUCCUGUGCAGGGCUCGCUCAUGCUGCUGGACGCGCAUCUCGUGUUCCAGCCGCUCCUGUCAGCACUGAGGGUCUCGGCCCAUCAGCUCACGCAAGGCGGAGCGGGGCGUGGCGGGGCGGGGCGCGACGGGGCGGGGCGGGGCGGCUCGGCGCUGGAGUCGCUGGGCUCGGCGCUGUCGCUGCUGGUGUGGGCCGACGCGCUGCGGAUACACAUCGUCGUGGGGGACCUCACCAGGCAACACUCGCAUAAGGGGAAAGGUAGUCAAGUCCACGCGGACUUACCGUCGGAAACACCGGCCUUCUUGUGCGAGAAGGUGUCCAUCGACUUGGACCUGAAGAAGGUGGCGGACGUGUCCGUGGACGAGCUGAUCCAGCGCCACAACGUGCUGUACAUCUCGCGGGGACAGCUCAAGAAGCACAUCAGCACCAUGCUGAACUUCAACGUCAGCAUCCGGUUCAUAUCUCAGCAGGUGAACAUGCCCCUCCUGCGGUUGCUGCAUCAGAUCAGCAACAUGUACCAGAACGUGAAGGACACGCAGGUGGAGCUGCGCACCCAGACCCGCCUCUCGCGGCGCCAGAACCAGCACGCCUCCUCCUCGGUUUCAGACUACAGAGAGAACUUGGUGAGCGUUUCGUCGUUAGAAAAAGAAGUGACAUUCGCGACGGUCGCACCCAAGUGGGAUCUGACGACGCCGGGACUGAAUUCGGAGCUGCCGACCGUGGUUUCGGAGUCGCCCAGCCAACAGAAGCUGGUGCAGCCUCCCACCAGGACUCGGCCGCAGUCUUUCGCCCAAAAGCUUCGGUCCACCGGGAAAAGUGUUAAAGGGAAAUUAGGGUACAGCUCGCUGAACGAGGGCGCGCACACGCCGAUGUUCCCGGCGGACGGGCCGGCGCCGGCGGACGGCGGCGACAAGCUGGCGCCGCGCUGCUGGCGGACCGUGUACCAGCUGCUCGACCUGUACGCCAACAUGCCGGACGCGCAAACCAUCACGCACAGGUUCUCAGUAACGACGGACCUGCCGGAGCAGUACAGACACAGCCGCGCGACCCGGCCCAGCUCCCGGGAGCAGAACGCCAGCAACUCGUCGUCCAGCGCUGGCAACAUGGGCAUUGUGGUUGUCGGAGUUGCAAGGAUCCAUCGCACGCGAGUGUUGGCCUCGUUGUCCGGGUUGAAGCUGGAGGCGGAGCUGACGUCGCUGCAGAGCUCGCUGUCGGCGUCCCGCGCGCGGCAGUACGCGCUGUCCGCCACCCUCGGCCGGGCCAUGAUCGUGCUGCUGGAGGGCAGGCAUCCCGACCACCAGACGGUGGUGCGCGUGAGCGUGGGCAAGUCGCAGGCGCUGUACUCGUGGGAGGCGGGGCGCGCGGACGCCGCCGUGCUGCUGAGCGGCGGCGCCGUGCGCGUGGAGCUGCCGCAGCACCCCGUCGCGCUGCACGGCGUCAUGACGCGCUCCAGCCGACACCUCUCCUCCACGCUGCAGGAACUGGGCGUAACCCGCACCUCAUCCCGCAUGUCUCGCGGGGGCGGCCCGGGCGGGAUGGGGGGUGUGGCGGGAGCGGAGGGGUCGUCCUCGGAGGGCAGCCCGCCACCCGUGCCGCGGCCCCCUCACUCUGCUCCCCCCACCCCGCAACCCCCGCAUCCACUCUUCAACCCCCUGCAUCUACAGUUCAGCAUCGUCAUACAGAGCGUGAGCAUAACGGCGGCGCUGCUGCCGUCGCUGCAGGCGCAGUACAAGAUGGAGCAGGUGCACAGCGGCGGCGUCACGGGGCACAAGGCGCACUUCACCGUCGACCUGCCGCACCACUCGCUCAGCUUCGUCACCAAGCUGCAGAGCGGGGGGGCGCAGGUCGCGGAGGCGAACCUGCCGGCGGCGGCCAGCGUGGCGCUGCCGGGGGUGGCGGUGCGGGGGCGGGUGGCGGAGGGCGCGGCGGGGGCGGCGGCGGGGGGCGCGGUGCUGCGGCCCGGCACCUACCUGGCCGCCACCGCCGACAUCGGACUCUUCGAGCACACCCUCUCCACCGACCUGCUCAAUCAUCUCGUCUUCGUGCAGAAGGUCUUUAUGAAGGAAGUGAACGAGGUGGUCCAAAAAGUGUACGGCGGCGAGAAGCCGGUCCCGUUGUGGAGCGAGGAGGAGCCCAGCACGUCGGCGCUCAGCAGGAUCCUGUUCUCUCUCACCAUCAGGAUCAAGCGCGUGCAGCUGACGGCCACCACGCCCAGCAACUCCGCCGUGCGCCUGGAGACCGGCGCCGUCGAGUUCGAGAUCUCCAACCGCGUGCAGAACGUGUCGCAGCCCAGCCAGCCGCACGGCGCCAAGCUGUUCGCCAGGGCGCAGGUGGACGUCAAUCUGAGUCUGGGGCAGUUGCUAAGGAAUGCAAUGUUCGAGGAAGCAGAGCCAGAGUUCCAGCAGUACGCCUUCUUCAACACGCGUAUCGCGAUGCGCAACGCGUUCCAAGAGGAGAUGGUGUGCGGCGAGGACAAGGAGGUGGUGCUGAUCACGUUGAAGCGGCCGCUGGUGUACGUGCAGCCGGUGGCCAUCGACAAGGCCAUACUGGUCUGGCUCAACUACAAAAACGCGUACGAGUACUGGAACGAGAAGCGCUUGAACCUCAACAAGGAGGUGCUUACCGCCACGCAGCAGGUCUUCGAGAAGGUGCAACUGACGUCACAGAUUUCGGCUCCGCACCUCAGCACCCUGUUCCUGCAGCUGAACGUGGACGACAUCGGAAUAUGUCUGCCGCUCAACCAGCCUCCCAUGGCGUCCUGGGGACGAGAGAGUCGCGGCGCGGUGGUGGUGACCCUGGACAGCACCAGCAUCGGCGCGUGCAGUUCGGGCGCGUUGGUUAGCAAGGGUCGGUUCGUGGGGCUGUGCCUGCGGUUCGCUGACGACUUCGAGGCGUCGCUGGACGACUGGAAGCCGGCGCCCGGCGAGCCCAGCCUCAACGUGUGCUGCGUCUCCGAGGGGACCUACGAGGUCUGCAGCAGGACCGCCACGGCCGCCGCCGCACACAACGAGAACGCCAAGUGGUUCCUCAACGUGUCCUGGCAAAUGGAAGGAGUCGACAUUCACCUGGACGUGAACGUGGGCAAGCAGCUGUCCGCGCUGGGCCACACGCUCACCAUGCUCACCGGCUUCGAGGAGGAGGACCCGCUGAAGAUGGAGUACGAGAGCGACGUGGACGACGAGGCCGACAACAGCAAGGGUUCGCAGGAGAGCAUCAUCCUACGGCGCAAGUACACGGACCACCUGCCGGCCUUCGUGUUCGACAGCAGCAUCGACGCCAAGAAGCGCUCCAAGCUGAUCGAGAAGGAGAUGAACGAGCAGGCCAAGAUCAUCAACGACCUGCGCACCCUGGGCGCCAGCCACUCCACCAUUGAGUACGAGAUGAAGCGCCUCCACGACCUCGAGGCCCUCGUCUUCAAAGACUUUCGAAGGGACAUGAUCCAGAAGCUGCGGCGGCAGAGCGUGCGCGCGUCGUCGCUGACCAAGGGCAAGCUGGGCCUGGGCUCGCACCGCAGCCGCUCCUUCGUGCUGCCCGACCCGCCGCCGCACGGUGUUGCAGUAGAACCGAACCUGGUGCUGACGUCCGGCGCCGUGGGGGACUCCGGCGAGACCCUGCUGCUGGGGGACGACGAGCACCGCCUCGCCGACAUCAUGGAGGGCGGCAGCUGGAGCUCUAUGGAAAGCGAGCCGGUCACCGGUCCAUCUCGGUCGGCGUCGGUGCGGGGGCGCGGGGGAGGCGGCGGGGGCGGCGCGGGGUCGGGGGGCGGCGGGGUGCAGCGCCAGAGCUCGCUGCCGGCGCACCCCGACCGCUGGCCCGACGACAUCGAGCACGUGCAGCUGCGGAAGAAACAUGACCACUCCGUGCCGCCAGCGGACGGCCCGGGCGCGGAGAGCAACAAGCAGAACAAGGCCAAAACUGCGGAGCCGAACAUAGACUUUGAACUCGACGUCAAAGUGCACAUCAACAGCGGGAAAUGCGUGCUGCACACCAAGGAACCUUUGAAGGAUGACGAAAUUAAAAUCGGAGGGCGUAUGCGUGUCGGUCGGUCAACAUCUGGGGGUCUGUCAGAGACUGGUACUGCAGCUCCCAACCCUGCGAGCGCGGGGGCAGUGGGGGGUGCCGGGGGGUCGCCCACGGCUGCACGCCGCAAGCCCCCAGCGCCCCGACACCAGCCCGUACUGGACCUCACCGUCUUCAGAGUUCCUGGACUUGACCUCAAGGUACAUUACGAGUCGAAAACCGUACCGGAGGAAGUUCCGUCACCCCAAACGACAACCUCAAGGAAAGUAGGAACCAAGAAAGCGUCCCUGUUCGCGUGGAUCACGCUGCAGAGCAUCCCCGAAGAGACGAUCAUCAGCCCGCACAUCCUGGAGUUCUUGGAGCAGACCCUGGAGCCGAUACCGAGCAAGGCGUCGUUCACCGCGCCCGCACCGGCGUGCGCGUCCGCGAGCGCGUCCGCGUCGGCGCCGGCGGAGGGCUCGUACGGGCAGUACGUGUACGCGUCGUUCCCGGUGGACGUGAUCGUGCACUUCUCGCUGCAGCCGUCCAGCGUGCGCUUCAGCUGCCUGCCCGCCUCGCGCGUGGAGUGCCUGCUGCGCCUGCCCUCGCUGCACAUCGUCUUCAGCUCCAAGCGGGCCACCGACAGGGAAAUGGCCGAACCGGCCGUAGCCAUGGGCGGCCUCAGCGUGACCGGUUGCCUGGCAGACUUCUCUGUGAACCUGUUCCAUCCGUACGGCGGGAAGAAGUCCAGCCUCAAAGAAGCCCAGUGGUCUCCGCUCUCCGACGCUGAAAGAAAAGAUUCUCUCAGCAUCAAUGUGGAGUUUGUCAAGUUCCACCUGUCCAGGUCUAGGAAAUUGGAUUUCCAAGCUGACCAAGACCAAUCGAAGGCCACAGUCAGAUUUUCGACCAUAGUGGACGUGGGCUCGGCGUCGUUCAAGUACGACAUGCGGCGCCUGGGGGAGAUCCUGUCCUUCCCGCGCGCCUGGUACCGCCGCACCAUCGUGCGCAGGAUGUUCCUCGGGGACCUGGGCCUCGCCGGGGACCAGCCCGGCUCGUCAACCCACACGGCCCCCACAUCGCCGGUGCUGCCCCAGCGCGAGAAGCUGAAGCCGUUCGAGCAGCAGCGGUCCAAGGACAGCAAGCCGCCUCCGCAGUCCGGCGCCGCCUGGGAGACGCUCGUCCUCUUUGCCGUCAAUUUCACCAAGCUCAACGUUCAUAUGAACAUGGGAAACGUCAUGGGCAAUGUCAGUUGGCAGAGCCGCGGCUUCCACUGCUCCGGGCGGCUGAGCAUCGGCAGCGUGGGGCGCCGCAACAUGCUGCUGGGCGUGGCGCUGCUGGCGUCCGAGCUGGACGCGCGCGGCGGCAUCGUGGGCGGCGCCAUCUCCCUCUCCUCCAUCGACACCUACGUGCACAUCGAGGAGGAGCCGGGGCGCAACCCUGGUCACGUGUGCGGCGUGAGGGUCGCCGCACUGGAACUGCGCCUCGAGUACAUGGGGGCCGGCGCGCUGCUCACCCGCGUGUCGCGCCUGCACGCCUCCGCGCGGGACCGCUGGCACCCGCACGCGCACAGGCCGGCCAUCAUCCUCAUCCACGGCACACUGAGUUGGCACCAGCUGCAGAUCCUGAUGAGCAGGAGCACCACGCCAGACCUGCUGAAGAUGCAGCUGAAACUGGAAGAGUUUUUCACCCAGCAGUUCAAGUCCAGCAAGCGCGUGUUUAGUUCCCUACACCCUAACUACAGGAGGGACCGCAGGGGACAGCAACAGGCGAGCGCGUCGGCGGAGGGCCCGCCCCCGCAGCAGGAGCUGCGCCACCACCGGCACUGGCAGCGCGUGCUGCAGCUCGUGUCCGGCAUGCAGCUCUCCACCAUGCCCAGCCCGCUGCCGGACCACGGAGUGGUCCUGGGCGGCACGAUGGAGCUGCAGGGCACGAACAUAUCGCUGGCGUGCUUCCACGGGAACAGCUUCAAGGCCAAGUCGUGGGCGCUGUUCAGUCUGAAGGAGCCCUGCAUCAGCUUCGCGACCGAGGCCCAGCACGCGGACGGCGACGAACCGGCGGGCGGCGCGGUGCAGGUGGUGCAGAGCCUGACGGCGAGCCUGGGCGCGUGCCGGCGCGCGGCGUCGCUGGCCACGGUGUGCCGCAUCACGCGCACCGUGCUGUUCCCGCCGCAGUUCAAGACGCUGCGGGAGUGGUUCCACUACGCCUUCGCCAACAGCGAGAUCGACGCUAUAGAGUUGUUCCCGUCGCUGGAGAAGGAGGCGGGCGCCGGCAACACCAACAGCACGGAGCGCGAGCGGGAGCGGGAGCGGGAGAGGGAGCGGGAGCGCAGCAAGGCGGGCGACAAGCACGUGCGGGAGGUCAUCUUCGCGCUGCCGGCGCUGCAGCUGCACCUGCGCACGCAGCACCACCAGCCCGCCGCGCCGCCCACGCACAACGACGAGAAGCCGGUAGUGGAGUGCAGUUUCAUCACGGAGUUCGAAGACCACAUCUUCGUGUCGGUGGACGCCGAAGCGUUCCUGUUCCUCCACGACCUCAUCUCCUCCUACCUUAAAGAGAAGGAGCGCGUGGCCCAGAUGCCAGGCAACAGGUCGUGGGGCGAGCCCGGCGCCUCCACCAGCUCGCCCCGCCCGGAUCGGCUCACCCAGGACUACCGGGACUACCGCUGCGUCACCUGGCAUUUAGAGCCCACCGUCAGAUUACUAUCGUGGGCCGGUAAGUCUAUAGAGCCGUACGGCGUGGACUACAUCCUGCAGAAGCUCGGGUUCAGCCACGCGCGGACCACCAUACCCAAGUGGCUGCAGCGGGGCACCCUGGACCCCCUCGACAAGAUACUGUCGCUCGUGCUGCUGCGGCUCGUCGCCAUCAUGCCGCACAAGACAUGAGCUCGUUUCGUUUAACGCCAUCUAACGGGCUAUGUAGGAGUUAAAUGUUAAGUCGACAGUAGCGACAUCUGUUAGACGUUCCCUGUAAAUGCCCAAUCCAAAAGUACAGUUUUAGCGAACAAAACAACUUUAUUACAUUGAACAUUAGUUUGUUCAGAAUGACUUGAUCUCAGUUCGACAAGUGCAAGUUGCUUCGUUCGGUUGUAACGCGUCUCGUCUGUCAGCACGGGUUGCGUCACUAUGUAGCGGAGGGAGCGAGAUAAAGACAUAUGUUACCUCGCUCCGACUGUCCACUUUGUUUCAACAUUCCCGAAAAUUAAAUAAAUACGAUAUUAUAGUAUAACACGAAUGAUUUAAUUAAGAAUUAUUAUUAUUAUUAUAUGUAAUGUUAUUAUUUGUAUGAAACAGGCCUCAAUUGGAGAGUGAAUUAAAAUUAAAAUUCAGGGUGUAGAACAACCGUUCUCCGCCGAAACGAUAGGUUUUGUGCCCACCACUCACGUGCUCGGAAAACUAUUCGUGUUCUAAGACGAUUUCAAUCGUGCUUUAUGUGAUUUCAUGAACCGACAAACCGGUCGGUCGACGCGCCGUCGUGUCUAGCGUUACAUUGCGGGCCGUCAAUGUACUCUAACACGUAAUAUUAAGGCUCAUUUUAUUGGUUAUUGGUUUUAAUGUAUUUGAUAAAAUAAAAAUAC